AUGGCUCGCCGUCCCGCCCGUUGCUACCGGUACUGCAAGAACAAGCCGUACCCCAAGUCCCGCUUCAACCGCGGUGUCCCCGACCCGAAGAUUCGCAUCUUCGACCUGGGCCGCAAGCGCGCCACCGUCGACGACUUCCCCCUCUGCAUCCACCUCGUGUCCAACGAGUAUGAGCAGCUGAGCUCCGAGGCCCUCGAGGCCGCCCGUAUUUGCGCCAACAAGUACCUCGUCAAGACUGCCGGCAAGGAGGGUUUCCACCUGCGCGUCCGCGCUCAUCCGUACCACGUCGUCCGUAUCAACAAGAUGCUGUCGUGCGCUGGUGCCGAUCGUCUGCAGACCGGUAUGCGUGGUGCCUGGGGCAAGCCCAACGGCACUGUCGCCCGUGUCAACAUCGGCCAGAUCAUCCUGAGUGUCCGCACUCGUGACUCUAACCGCGCUUUCGCUCUCGAGGCUCUCCGCCGCUCCCAGUACAAGUUCCCCGGCCGCCAGAAGAUUAUCAUCUCCAAGAACUGGGGCUUCACGCCCCUCCGCCGCGAGGAGUACCAGGAGAAGAAGGCUGCUGGCCGCGUCCGGGUGGACGGUGCCUACGUCCAGUUCCUGAGCAACAAGGGCAACCUGGCUGCGAACAUCAAGCAGUUCCCCGACGCCUUCUCCGCAUAA